AUGCCUUCCAAGCACGUCCUCCUCUUCGCCCACGACCGGGUCCCCUUUGCCGCCGUGCACGACCUCAACGUGCGCUCCAAGUUACGCCGCAGACUCCAGACCUUCCUGGCUGCUGCGUCCACCGUUGUACAGCGUCAGGCAUCUGCCCUGGACGGGCUCGAGCGGGCCAACAUUGGCUCGUUCGAGGACCUCGUGGAACUCGCGGAGACCCAGGGCGCCCAGGCUCGUGGUAGCAUUGCUGCUGACUUGGUGCUCUUGACGACUGUCCAGAUCGGCCAGCUACUUGUCCUCGCCGAAGACCAACCCUCGCUCCUCUCCGAAGAUGGCGCAGUCCCAAUGGCCUUUGGGACCGGCCUGCUGGCCGCCGGUGUUGCUGCUGCCGCUACGACUGCCGACGAGAUCAUCACACUGGGUCUGGAAGCAGUGGCUGUCGCCUUCCGCCUCGGCCUGGUGCUCCAGCGGAGGGCAAGGGAUAUCGAGGAUUCCCAAGGGGCAUGGGCACGAGUCGUCUCUGGAACAGCCGACCUGGAGCAAGGCCUCGAGAGCUUCAAUGCCUCACUCCGCCCGAUGAACCGGGUGUACAUUGGCCAGGUUCUGUCGGACAGGAUCGUCGUCUUCGGCCCUCCAUCGACCCUCGAUGCCUUUGCAAAGACGACCGCGACCGUCACGCCCCCUGCCACCACAUUCACCCAAGCACCACUCCACGGAGCUCACCUGCCUUCGAUCAAUGCCAGCGAAGUUGUUGGGUCGGCCCCAGCGCAGGUGGCGGAGGUCUGGAAGCUCGCAGUCGACCAGAUCGCUCACAAGCCCAUCAACGUGGAGGAGAUCGCCGCAGCACUCGUCACUGACCUCCAAAAGACGAACUCAACGGACGUCACUCUCACCUCGUUCGGCGAGUCGUCUGAGGCAUCCGGCAUCGCAGCCCUUCUCGAGGAGAACGGCGUGGCUGUCGAGGUCAGCCAACUCGGAGCCACCCCCAAGCCCUACGGCGACGACGUCAACAACAUCCCUGCAGACGCGAUUGCAGUUGUUGGCAUGUCUGGACGAUUCCCCGACAGCGACACCCUCGACGAGUUCUGGCGCCUGCUGGAGACGGCGACCACGACGCACCAGGUCAUCCCCCAGAGCCGCUUCACCGUCGACGACUUCUACGAUCCCACGCGCGAGAAGCACAACGCCCUGCUGGCACGCUUUGGCUGCUUCCUCAAGAACCCCGGCGACUUCGACCACCGGCUGUUCAACAUCUCGCCCCGUGAAGCCAUGCAGAUGGACCCCGUCCAGCGCAUGCUGCUGAUGACCACCUACGAAGCCCUGGAGAUGGCCGGCUAUUCGCCUCCGACCCCCUCUGCUCCCGGUGACAGCGAGCAGGCCCCGCCUCGCAUUGCGACCUACUUCGGCCAGACAAUCGACGACUGGAAGAGCAUCAACGACCAGCAGGGCAUCGACACCCACUACCUGCCUGGGGUCAACCGUGGCUUUGCGCCCGGUCGGCUGUCGCACUUCUUCCAGUGGGCCGGUGGCUUCUACAGCAUCGACACCGGCUGCUCGUCCAGUGCCACUGCUCUCUGCCUCGCUCGCGAUGCCCUGACUGCCGGCAAGUACGAUGCCGCCGUGGUCGGUGGUGGUACGCUGCUGACUGCGCCGGAAUGGUUCGCUGGUCUCAGCCAGGGAGGGUUCCUUUCGCCGACUGGCGCCUGCAAGACAUACUCCGACCAGGCCGAUGGAUACUGCCGGGGCGAGGGUGUUGGUGUUGUCAUCCUGAAGCGUCUCGCUGACGCCGUCCGGUCCAAGGACAAUGUCAUUGCGGUCAUCGCCGGUGCGUCUCGCAACUGCAACGCCGGCGCUGGCUCGAUCACAUACCCUGGAGAGAAGGCCCAGGGGGCCCUCUACCGCCGAGUGAUGCGCCAGGCUGCGGUCCUUCCUGGCCAGGUCGAUGUCGUCGAGAUGCAUGGCACUGGCACCCAGGCUGGUGAUCGUGUGGAAACCACCGCCGUCCAGAGCGUCUUUGCUCCCACGAAUGCUCCUCAGCGCGAGAAGCCCUUGAUUGUUGGCGCGCUGAAGGCGAACAUCGGACACUCUGAAGCUGCUGCCGGCAUCAUCUCGGUGAUGAAGGCGAUCCUCAUCCUGCAGCACAGCAAGAUCCCCACGCAGCCGAACCAGCACAUGAAGCUCAACCCUUACCUAGAGCCCUUGAUUGGCAAGCAGAUCCAGCUGGCCAACGGUCAAUCCUGGACUCGCAACGGCAGUGAGCCCCGGUACAUCUUCGUCAACAACUUCGAUGCUGCGGGCGGCAAUGUCAGCAUGCUCCUGCAGGACCCCCCUGCCUUUGCUGUGCCAUCUCCGGUCUCCCAGUCCGACGCACGCACUCACCAUGUCGUCGUCACGUCUGGCCGCACUGCCACAGCCCAUGAGGCCAACCGGAAGCGUCUCCGUGCGUAUCUGACCGCGCAUCCCGACACCAACCUGGCGGAUCUUGCUUACACGACCACGGCUCGACGCAUUCACAACGUCUCCCGGGACGCGUAUGCCGUGUCCUCGACUGCUGAUCUUCUGCGCCAGCUCGAGAAGCCGCUGAACGACAAGAUUGACUCGGCCGCUCCAUCAGCAGUCGUCUUUGCGUUCACCGGACAGGGCGCGCAGAGCCUGGGCAUGGGGGGUGCUCUCUACAACACGUCCCCGACCUUCCGCCGCCAGCUGGACUCGCUGCAGGAGAUCUGCGACGCACAGGGGCUGCCCACCAAGUUCAUCAACGCCAUCCGCGGCGGCUCAGACGGAGCCAGCGUCACGGAAGUGGACAUGCAGGUGGCCACCGUUGCCCUUGAGAUCGCCCUCGCCCGGUACUGGCAAGCCCUGGGAGUGCGACCGACCGUCCUCAUCGGACACAGUCUGGGCGAAUAUGCCGCGCUCUGCGUCGCCGGUGUUCUCUCCACCAGCGAUGCUCUCGCCCUGGCAUUCCGCCGUGCGACUCUCAUCUUCAGCCGCUGCCCGCCGUCCGAGGCCGGCAUGCUGGCCGUUGGCCUGCCCAUGCGCACCGUGCAGUACCGGAUCCGCGACUCUGCGGCCACGGCUGGAUGCGAGGUCUGCUGCGUCAAUGGGCCUUCCAGCACUGUCGUCGGCGGACCGGUGGCUGCCAUCGAGGCUCUCGAUGAGUAUCUGAAGUCGGACGGCAAGGUCUCGACGACUCGCCUGCGCGUGCAGCACGCCUUCCACACCCGCCAGAUGGAUGUCCUCCUCGACGAGCUCGAGUCCAGUGCCGCCCAGGUCCCCUUCCACGCCCCGACCCUGCCCGUUGCCAGCACCGUCCUCGGUCGCAUUGUCAAGCCGGGAGAGGUGGGUGUGUUCGAUGCCAACUACCUCCGCCGUCACACCCGCGAGCCGGUUGCCUUCCUCGAUGCGGUCCGUGUCUGCGAAGCUGAAGGCCUCGUCGCCGACCGGUCCUUUGCCGUGGAGAUUGGCCCACACCCGAUCUGCAUUGGGCUCAUGGCUGCGUGCCUGCAGUCGACGAGCAUCAAUGCUUGGCCCAGUCUGCGCCGCGGUGGUGACGACUGGCAGUCCAUCUCUGGGGCUGUGGCUGCUGCACACCGUGCUCAGCUGCCUGUUGCUUGGAGCGAGUUCCACAAGGACCACCUCGACUCUGUUCGCCUCCUCAGCGAUCUGCCCACAUAUGCCUUUGACCUCAAGACCUUCUGGCACUCCUACAAGACUCCCACCGCGGCUGCUGCAGUCACUGCCGCUGCUCCGUCCCGGUCUUCUCGCUUGGCCUCCACCACUCUCCACUCCGUCGAGAAGCUGAACAAGGACGGUGACCUGCUCACCGGAACCUUCACCGUCCACCUGCCCGACCCCAAGCUGGCCAAGGCCAUCGGGGGCCAUGUCGUCGACGAGUCUGCCAUCUGCCCAGCCAGCAUCUUCAUCGACAUGGCGUACACGGCGGCCGCAUAUCUGGAGCAGGAGCAUGGAAGUGCCGCCUCCCUGUCGACGUAUGAGCUGACCAGCCUCGAGAUGCACAGCCCCCUGGUGCUGCGCGAGGACAUGGAGGUCCUGCCCGAGGUCUGGGUGGACGCUGCCCUCAACACCAAGACCAACACGGUCAGCGUGCAGUUCAAGGGCCGCAAGGGCACCACGCCUGUCGAGUAUGGCUCGGCCAUGAUGCUCCUGGGCCAGAACGACGCGAGUGUCCGCCGGGAUUGGUCUCGCAUCCAGCCGCUGAUCAAUGCUCGCGUGCAGACUCUCAACACGUCCACUCGUCCUCGGGAGGUGCACGCCAUGGACACCCUGCUCUUCUACAAGGUCUUCUCCGAGAUCGUCGACUACGCCACCCCCUACCACGCUGUCCAGGAGGCGAUGAUCGCUGCCAACUUCCGCGAUGCCUCCAUCACCCUGCAGCUGCCUGCGACCGGCGACCUGGGCACCUUCAUCAGCAGCCCCUUUGCCGUCGAUGCCCUGGUCCAUGUCGCGGGCUUCCUGCUCAACGCCGAUGUCCGCCGCCCGAAGAACGAAGUCCACAUUGCCAACCACAUUGGAUCGCUGCGCAUCGUGGGCGACCUGUCGUCGCCUGGGCCGUACCACGCCUACGCCACGAUCCGCGAGCAGGACCCCAAGUCCGGCGUCAGCUUCUGCGACGUGUACGCCACCGACGCCGAGGGCCAGCUGGUCGCGCUCUGCACCGACAUCUGCUUCAAGAAGCUGGAGCGCGACUUCUUCGCUCUGCUGACCGGGGCCACUCGCGGUCGCUCGUCCAAGCCAGCGCCCACUGCGCCCGUCAAGGCCAUGCCCAAGCGUGCCAGACAGCCUGCCCCGUCGCCGAGUCCCAGCAGCUCCUCUGGCUCCAACACGCCCAUGUCCCGGUCCGCCACGCCCAGCAGUGUUUCUGACACGGUCGACCUCUGCACCGAGCUGCUCGAGGCCGUGGCCGAGCGGACUGGAGUCAGCGUGGCCGAGAUGAAGGCAGCCCCUGGCACCACCUUCACCGACUUCGGCGUCGAUUCCCAGAUGGCCAUCGCCAUCCUCGCCACCUUCCAGCGCACCACCGCUGUCGAGCUCCCUGCUGCCUUCUUCUCCAACUUCCCCACCCCGGCGGAUGUCGAGCUGGAGCUGGGCGAUUCUCCCGCGGACUUUGAAGAGACCAAGCCCAGUCCUGUCUCGACCCCGGCUAAGGCUCCCACUCCAGUCCGCAAGCAGGGUCCGACUCCGAGCAACACCCUGCUGGCCUUGGUGUCCGACGCUCUAGGCCUCGAGGCCAGCGACCUGACACCCUCGACUACCUUUGAAUCCGUGGGCAUGGACUCGAUGUUGAGCAUCAAGAUCACUGCUGCCUUCCAAGGUGAGACCGGCAUCGAGCUCCCCGCGGCGUUCUUCACCCAGAACCCGACGGUGGGAGCGGCCGUGGAAGAUCUGGAUGGAGGCGAGGAGGAGAGUGCGCCUGUGACCACCGUCGCCGUCAGCGCCCCUGCAAAGGAGACGACGGCCGAUUCAGCCCGCCAGCGCAAACUCGACAGCGCCGUCUCGCGUGCCGUCCUCAUCCAAGGCAAGUCUCGAUCCCAGGAGGCCCCCUUGUUCCUGACCACCGACGGCUCUGGCACCGUGGAGUCCUACAUCCACCUCAAGGCCCUGCCCAAGGGUCGCCGCAUCUACGCCCUCGAGUCUCCCUUCCUCGAGCAGCCAGAGCACUUCGACCUCUCGAUCGAAGAGAUGGCCACCAUCUUCCUCCGCACAAUCCGCCGCAUCCAGCCUCAAGGCCCAUACCUGAUCGGCGGAUGGUCCGCGGGCUCCAUGUACGCCUACGAAGUCGCACACCGUCUGACCCGCGAAGGCGAAACCGUCGAUGCCCUCAUCAUCCUCGACAUGCGCGCCCCCUCGCUGAUCCCCACAUCCAUCGUGACGACCGACUUCGUCAACAAACUCGGCACCUUCGAGGGCAUCAACCGCGCCCGCGACCUCCCCGAGGACCUCUCCGUCAAGGAACGCGACCACCUCAUGGCCACCUGCCGCGCCCUCUCCCGCUACGACGCCCCGGCCUUCCCCAAGGGCCGCGAGCCAAAGCAAGUCGCCGUGGUCUGGGCCCUUCUGGGCCUCGACAACAGACAAGAUGCGCCCCCCGCAUGCAUGUGCCGACCGGGCGUUGAGCUCGGCAAGACACUGUACGAGAUGAACCUGGACGAGUUCGAGCACUACUUCAACUCGUGGUUCUACGGGCGGCGCGAGACAUUCGGGAUGAACGGGUGGGAGGAUUUCGUGGGCGAGCAUAUCGCGGUGCACACGGUGAAUGGAGACCACUUCUCCAUGAUGUGUCCGCCGUUUGCCAGCGAGGUGGGGGAUAUUGUUGUCGAUACUGUCACGCGGGCGGUUGGGGAAUAG